AUGGCGGUGAAAGCUUAUGCUACAGAAGCAGGAAACGAUGACAAAGUCCAAUCCGACGUCCUCUCCAAAGCCAGAGAAUCAUGCUACAAGGCACGUGAUGCUUUCUACUCGUGCCUCGAAAAGCAAUGUGAUAAGAAACCAACCGAGAUUGCAUCCGUAGGUUUGCUUUAUCCCAUUGAAUGCAAAAGUUCCAGAGAUCAAUUCGUAAAUCAAUGUCGAUCUUCUUGGGUGAAACAUUUCGAUAGACAAUAUUGCAGGAACAAAAGGGAUCAGAGGCUUUUGGAUGAUAAAGGCUCUAGGAGAGGUCCGUUGUUGCUUCCACAGCCUUACACUUUGAAAUCCGCUCCUUGA